UUUAUUGAGGUAAUCAUUUGAUUUUCUGAGGUGAAGGAUUACAUUAACUAAUUUUCAAAUGUUAGACCAGUCUCGCAUACUUGGGAUAACUUCCACUUGGUUGUGGAAGUUAUAUAAUCCUUUUAUAUAUUAUUAGAUUUGAUUUACUAAUAUUUGUUGAAGAGUUUUUCAUCUAUGUUGGUCUAAUAGUAUUGUUGUAUUGUCUUUAUCUGAUUUUGUUCUUAGAGUAAUGCUGAUCCUACAAAUGAGUAAGGAAAUAGUCUUUCCCCUUUGGUCUUUUAGAAGAGGCUGCAGAGAAUUGGUAUAAUUUCUUCCCUUGGUAGAAUUCACCAGUGAACCUGAGAGCCUCAUGUUUUCUGUUUUGGAAGGUUACUAAUUAUUGAUUCAAUCUUUUAAAGUAAAUAUAGGCCUGUUCAGAUUAUGUGUUUCUUCUUGUGUGAGUUUUGGUAGGGUAUGACUUUCAAGGAAUUGGUCCUUUUCAUCCAGAUUAUCAAAUGUGUGAGUGAGUAUUGGGUUAUUUAUAAUAUUCCUUUAAUAUCAUUUUAAUGUCCUUUGGAUCUGUGGUGAUGUACUCUUAUUUCUGAUAUUAGUGAUUUGUGAUUUUCUUAGUCUAAUUAGACACUGGCACAGCUUUUGCUGUAUCCCACAUCUUUCAUAAAUUGUAUUUUCAUUUUCAUUUAGUUCAAAAUAUGUAAAAAUUUUUCUUGAAGUUUCUUCUUUGAUCCAUGCAUUAUUUAGAUAGAUGUUAUUUAGUCUUUUAAGUAUUUGGGGAUUUUCCAGCUAUGUAUUUUUCUGUUACUGAUUUAUAGUUUAAUUCCACUAUGGUCUGAGAGCAGAUAUUGUAUGAUUCUAUUAUUUUAAAUCUGUUAAGGUGUAUUUUAUGGCUCAGAACAUUGUAUGGCAAAUAAUGCUUUGUGUGAGCUUGAGAAAAAUGUGUAUUUUGUUGUCGGAUGAAGUACUUCAUAUAUGUUAAUUAUAUCUCUUCUAUUUUACCUGAUUCAUAUGUCUAAUUCCCCUCAUAGUUUGUUUGUUUAUUUAUUGAGACAGUAUCUCACUUUGUAAUUCAGGCUGGUCUUUAACUCAGUAUGUAGCCUCAGCUGGCUUGAAUUAAAGCAGUCCUCUGCCUCAGUGUCCCAAGUGCUGUGAUUACAGCUAUACGCCACUGUCCAGCAUCCUAAUAUGUUUGGUUCAACUGUGUCUUUGCUAAAUUUCUGCCUGCUAAUAUUUCCAUUUCUAAUAGAGGGAUGUAAAAGUUUCAUAUUAUAAUAGCGACUUAAUUUUUUUCUCUUUACAAUUGUGUCAGUUUUUGCCUAUGUGUAAUAUUUUAAUGCUGUGUUGUUAGGAGUAUUAAAAAUUAAGUGCAUGUAUAACCCUUAUGUGUAUUAAGGAUUGUUAUGUAUUGGAGUAUUGACCUCUGCAUUAUUUUAUAAUGCCACUUUUAAUUAAUUAAUUAAUUAACUUACUUAAACAACAGAAAUUUAUUUUCACACGGUUCUGGAGGCUGGAAGUCCCAGAUCAGUGUGCCAGCUGAUUUGGUUUCUUCUGGCCUGUCUCCUUGUCCUGGCAGAUGGUAACCUUCUUGGUACAUCUUUUUAUAUGGCGAAAGCCAUAUAAUAUAAUAUAAUCUAUGUGCCAUUAAUGCCACUUUUAAUCCUUGAUAACUUUUCUUCUUCUGAAGUCUGCUAUGUCCGAAAUUUAUAUAGUUUCACUUGCUUUCUUUUGAUUAGUGUUAGCUUGGUAUGUUUUUUCCCUUUACUGUUUAUUUGUGUGUCUUCCCCCUCCCCAGUGACUGACUGGAUCUCCUGGACCUUUUAACUCUCAGGAUUGUCCACACUGAACCUUUUGCAGUUCAUCAAUUAUGGUUUAGUUUUUCUGAUUCUGGCCCUAGUUCCCACAGGUUUGUGUUUUGGUCAGUUGUAGUCCUCUGAAUCUACCUGUCUUAAUUUCUCCUGUUUUGAGGGCAGCAAUGUACUUUGUGAUCUCAUUUGAUGGAUUCAAGAAUUGUUGACUUUGUGAUCUCAUUUGAUGAGAUACUUUGUGAUCUCAUUUGAUGGAUUCAAGAAUUGUUGACUUAGUUUGUCCAGAGUAUUACCUAUUAAGAUGAAGUGGUACUGCUAAGAUAUUUGCUGAACUGGAAAUAAGAAGAACUAAAGUGGGGUGCAGAAGAAACCACCAAAUCGUUAAAGGCAGCACAAGAAUCUCAGUGCUUCCAGUUGCAGCCAGCAGGUUACAGGCCUGAGGGACAGUCUCAGAAGCAACGAGUGAAGAAUUCAUGCUCUGACCUCCCUGAGCAUCUAAAUGCCAAGAUGGCAUCACAUCUCUUAAAAGAGAGUGCUGUCCUUACUCCUCGAGUCCCUACUCUUCCAAAGAUGGGUAGUGUUGGAGAUUGGGAGGUGACAGCUGAGUCCCAGGAAGCCCCGGGCCCUAGCAAACAUGAUGAGAAGGAAUUCUGCAAGGACCCUGCAAGAGAUGACUGUGGGAGCGGCAUACGUCUGGCAGUUCCAGUUUUGAAACCAAGUGUCACUUCCCAGCUAGAGCAAGGACCAGAAUUCUGGGAUAUAAACUUUAUAAAUUCUGUGAAAAGGAGCACUGCUGAUUACAGACUGGAUAAUGAACCAACAAAACCAGCUCAGGCAUUGGCCUUAAAGGACUGUAGAGCCUGGGAAGAACAAUACCAAUGGGAUGUGGAGGACAUGAAGGUGUCAGGUGUUCACUGGGGCUAUGAGGAGACAAAGACUUUCCUGGCAAUCUUGAGCGAGUCUUCUUUCUCUGAAAAACUUCGGACUUGUCACCAGAACCGCCAGGUGUACCGGGCUAUUGCUGAGCGGUUAAGGGCACGCGGCUUUCUGCGGACACUGGAGCAGUGUCGCUACAGGGUCAAAAACCUCCUACGGAAUUACCGGAAAGCCAAGAGCAGCCACCCACCAGGGACAUGCCCCUUUUAUGAGGAGCUGGAGGCCCUGGUGAGGGCUCGGACAGCCAUGAGAGCCACAGGUGUCUCAGGAGAGGCUGUGACACUCCCCAGGCUGGGGGAUAGUGAUGCUGAGAUGGAUGAGCAGGAGGAAGGGGGCUGGGAGCCUGAGGAAACAACAGAUGACUAUAAUAGUGCUGGCCUGGCUACUAAUGAGUCUUCGCAGGGGCCCAGGAUUGCAGGUGGCCCAGCACUGCUCCAGAAUCGUAUUGCAGGUGUGCACUGGGGCUACGAGGAGACCAAGGCUUUCCUGGCAAUUCUCAGUGAGUCCCCCUUCUCUGAAAAGCUUCGUACCUGUCACCAGAAUAGCCAGGUAUAUCGGGCCAUUGCAGAGCGGCUGUGUGCACUGGGUUUCAUGCGGACACUGGAGCAAUGUCGCUACAGAUUCAAAAACCUUCUUCGAAGCUACCGGAAAGCCAAGAGCAGCCACCCACCGGGAACAUGCCCCUUCUAUGAGGAGCUGGACUCACUCAUGAGGGCUCGGACUGCGGUCAGAGCCAUGGAGACUGUCAGGGAGGCAAUAGGUCUUCCUAGGUCUGGGCAGAACAGCACUGAGGCAGAUGACCAGGAAGCCUGGAGUGAGAUGGCAGAUGAAGAUGCCAUCAAACCUCCAACCCCAUGUCCUAAAACUCCAGAUACUGGUUUUGAGUUGAGGCAUAAGGAUGAAGACCAGAUUUCAGAGCAGGAAACUUUUGGUGAUUUACCUGGAGCCUUACCAAAAUAUACUACAGAGGCUGUUUACUCCCCUCAUGACUGGGGAGAAGACAGUGAAAAUGAAAAUGAAGGUGAAGGGAUAUGGGGUAAUCCUCCACAAAAACAGUGGGAAGAGUGUUCUUCUGAGGAGGAUUUAGAAAAACUUAUUGAUCAUCAAGGCCUGUACCUUGCAGAGAAACCCUACAAGUGUGAUACAUGUGUGAAAAGCUUCAGUAGGAACUCACACUUCAUUGCCCACCAGCGGAUCCACACAGGUGAGAAGCCUUAUGCAUGCCUUGAAUGUGGAAAAAGCUUUAGUGACCUCUCUAACCUCAGUACGCAUCAGAGAAUCCACACUGGAGAGAAGCCCUACAGAUGCCUUGAAUGUGGAAAAAGAUUUAGUGAUCACUCUAAUCUCAUCACCCACCAGAGAAUCCACAUGGGGGAAAAGCCCUAUAAAUGUGGGGAAUGUUGGAAAAGCUUCAACCAGAGCUCAAACCUUGUAAAACAUCAGCAAGUCCACUUGGGAGGAAGUCCUGACCAUUGUAGUGAAACUGGAGAGAGCAUUGAUCAAAGCCCAUCUGUUAGUGCUCACUGGAGGGAUUCCACAGAGGAGACAGUUGAGCCAUUUUGUAGUGCUGGGACGAACUUGAACUCUCCUGCACCUCACAGCACCAAAUUGGAGGAGAAGCUGUAUCGAUGCUUGGAAUGUGGAAGACGCUUCUCAAAGAGCUCCGCCCUCAUUAGUCACCAAAGAAUCCACACAGGAGAGAAACCUUAUGAGUGUGCUGAAUGUGGGAAAAGCUUCAGUAAGAGUUCCACUCUCUCCAACCACCAGCGAACCCACACCGGGGAAAAGCCAUAUAAGUGUGUGGACUGUGGGAAAUGCUUCAGUGAGCGUUCCAAGCUCAUCACCCACCAGAGAGUACACACAGGAGAGAAGCCCUACAGAUGCCCAGAGUGUGGGAAGUUCUUCCGGGAUCGUUCUAACCUCAUCACUCACCAGAGGAUUCACACAGGAGAGAAGCCCUAUAAGUGCAGAGAGUGUGGGAAAUGCUUUAACCAGAGCUCCAGUCUUAUUAUUCAUCAGAGAAUCCACACUGGGGAGAAACCCUAUAAGUGCACAGAGUGUGGCAAAGACUUCAAUAACAGCUCCCACUUCAGUGCCCAUCGGAGAACCCAUGCAGGUGGCAAAGCACUGUAGAAGAACCCCCUCAGCAGAGGAGUGAUACAUGUAUAUUUACAUCUCCCAAGAUCAUAAGACCUAAACUAGCAAGAAAUCUUUCAGUUUUUAAGCUUGGUGUGUAGCCAGAGAAGUUUUGGUAAAAUCCAGGUAGUUUGAAAGUGAAUUACAAAUAAUAAGGAUCCAGAUUUGAUGGCACUUUGUUUCUCAAGUAUAAUUUGUUUUUUUCCUGUUAAAAUCCCGCAUAUAAUUCUCAGGCUAUCCUUAUAUCUGCUGUUGCAUAAGAGCUUUAUCAGUAUUUGAGCCAGACUGGUGACUUAGGGGAUUAGAGUGAAAUCAGUGGCCUGGAGCAGUGAUUUCAGACCCUGCUGUGCCUUCACACUGCCAAUGUGUGCAAAACCCCUCUCUGCCAUCUCUCACACAUUGCACUUUGCAGUCAGGGUUAUG